AUGUGGUUUCUGGAGAAAGUCCGGGCAUCCCCGGGGGAUGCUAGCCCCCUGUUUCUGGGCUUGCCCCCUGGCCACCCAGGCCCCGACAAAGGCAAGGCCGGGGUCACGCCAGCUGCCUCUUUUGCCAACGUCUUAACCCCAGACCGGAUCCCCGAGUUCUGUAUCCCGCCCAGGCUGCCCAACCCCCCUCCGGCCAAGAGCCCCAGCGCCGGUUUCCAGCCGCACCGCUGCCUCACUGAGCCGGGCUUGCAGCAGGCCGCCUCCUCUGCCACGGACGGCAGCCUGUUCCAGUUCCUGCCCCAUCUCAUCCAGGUGGAGAGCGUGGAGGAGAUCGUGGAGGACCCGGAAGAAGAGAGCACCAACUCCGACCCCCGCUCCCAGGCGGCCCUGUCCCUGCCUCACUUCCCCAAAGCGCAGACCUCCUACGGCUUCUGCACCUUGCUGGAGAGCCCCCACACGCGCCGGAAAGAGUCCAUCUUCCACAGCAGGGCCUCGACCGGCUCCCUGCCCUGCCUCGCCUUGCCCCGGUCCAGAGCCAGCAGCUACAGCGGCAGGGAGGCGGCCUCCAGCCCCAUCGCCAUCUGCUUGCGGAGCCGGCAGGGCGCCUGGGACAGCAGCGACAAUGCCUCCUCCUCCGCCGAGUCCUCCCCCUUCAGCUCCCCGCUCCUCGGCCGCUCGCCUCCCCGACCGGGCUCCCUCUUCAAAGCCCGCAGCCAAGACGGGCUGCUCUGCAAGGCGCUGAAGGCUGGCCGGCGAUCCGGCAUGGCCAGGGCCAACUCCUUGUCGACGGACGAGGCCAGCUCCACCGACAGCAGCCCCAACGCCACCCGGCGCUCGUCGGAGUGUCUCCUGGACCCCUCGGCGUCCCGGGCUUACAGCCUGGCUCCUCUGCCCAUCUUCCCACUGGACCUGCCCUGCGGCCGAGAGAGGCUGGGGCAGGACAGCGCCGUCUUCAUGGACAAGGGGGGGCUGAUCCGGCUCUCUUCGGAGUACUGUCCGGAAAACCAGCAGCUUCGCAUCCGUCUGAUCAGUGUGGAGGGGCUGUACGGGGCCUCGGUGGACCCCAAGAGCAUUAACUGCUGCAUCACGUUUUCUCUCGUGCCCGGGAAGAUCCAGAAGCAGAGGAGCACGGCGAUCAAGCGCAGCCGCAACCCCAUCUUUAAUGAGGACUUUUUCUUUGUCGGCGUUUCCGAAGACGACCUCUGCGCGCUCUCCGUCAGGAUCAAGGCUGUGAAUAAGGGGUGCAACAUGAAAAGGGACGUCGUGUUGGGCGAAAGCCAAGUUGGCUUGACGCAUCUCUUAGCGGCAUGAAACUCUCGGCGAAUGGACGGAGUGUAUUUAUUUAUUAACUUUGGACU